AUGUAUGCGCUCUCAGCCAACCACUCAUAUAAUGCCAUACCAUUGCCUGUGACUGCCAUUCACUGCAUUCAUAUACAGCUCUACGACUACAGUGACUACAGUGUGAGCUCCGGGGCUCCGAGACUGGCAUUCAUUGAGUAUAGCGUUGCCAUCACCACUCGUCUCAUCCAUCCAUCGGUGGUUAUGUCUAAUAAUAUGUGUUCACUCGAUAAUGGUAAACACUCGAUGCCAGCGAUAGUCAGUUCUUGCAGUCCAUCGUUCAACUGUUCCCCUCUAACCUCCAAACCCUUUGGAUCUCAUUUGUUCGGUUCGAUGUCGUCUUCACUACCACUUCAUCCGCCGUCAAGUCAUACGGCGUUUCCCUUUCCGCCCAACCCUCUGAUCCUUUCGGGUCUAAACUUCUUCAAUCCUCAGUCAUCCAUGUCUUGGUUUGCACACAAUUCGUUGAAUACACCGUUAAGUCUGACCACAAAUAACAAAGACAUCACAUCCAACUGUAACGACAAUAACAACAAUGUCAACAAAAUUGACAACAAAUACAAGGACUCGACUCCGGCUCUCAUUCACCCGAACAAGGAUUUAAGGUCUGAUAAGAACUUAACUGAGUCUACGGUCACAACCACUGCGACCACUGAUAUUAGUUGCAGUACUUCUCUGUCCAACUCAAUGGCCACCGAAUCCGAGAGGAAUACAACGCGAAAUCAUUCAGACAUCAAUUGGUUGACAGAGUCGGCAAACAUGUCAUCGCGAGGACCUUCGGUGCCGUCUUCGCCCUCGACUUCGGGUCACUUGGGGUUACCGCUCAGCCAUCAGUCUUCACAUCCGUCUCAGCGCAGUCUAUAUCACACGACUCUCAACAAUGAUAUGGCUAACAGUCAGCGCCUAUACUCUCCCCGAUUCGCCGCUUCAGGCUCUCCGACAUAUUUCUCAUACCCGGCGACCAACAGUCCGAUCGGACCAAUCAAUGCCAUGAAUGGCGUGCGUCCGGUGCCAUCAAAUGCUCACUUUAACGGUCCCUUUGUGUCAAAUUUCAACGCUUACCAACAAUUUAGUCCAACAACUGCUCAGAACCCGAUCUCACCAUUUCUAGUGCCAAAUCAGUUGAGUGUCGCCAACACUCGAUCACAAACCUAUCCGACGGGUAUUAUGGAGUCGUCUUAUCACCAGAACUCGCACUCACAGAACGGCCACAACUCACACAAUGCCAUACUGUCUGCCAAUCCGUGCUCAAUGGCGCCCACAUCUCUCACUACCAGCACUUCCCGGUCUCCAUCACAGCAUUCAUCAGAUUCAUCAUCACUGAUAAGUUCUGGUCCAUACUCUAGCCCUACCGUCAGCUCAGAAUCAGCUGAACCUCAGACUAAGUCAAUGAUGCGAUCCUUGGAAUCGCACACAGAUUUGAGCGCCAGAAGCGGUGCAAACGAGUUGUUGAAUCCAUCGAUGAUCUCGUCGGGCAUUAAACGCAAAUCUCCGUCGAGUCCUGAAUUGAACGCAAAUGAGAAGAACUUAUAUAAACUCCCUUUCGGUAAAGAAGGCAGUCGUAAACACCGGAUACUAAAGCCGCCUAACAUUAGCCUCGACUCAAUCAAAGCCGAUCAGAUGACAGUGCAAUCGGCGCCACUCUCUGCGCCUCCCAUUCCCGGCGUUCGGCGACAAGACUUUCUCAAACGGAUUAGCGAUUCAGACAUCGAUUGCUAUGCGAAAGACUCGAUCGCCGAUCAGAUUAACUGCCAAAACAUGACUUCAUUUUAUCAUCAAAGAAGAAAAUCAGUGCCACAGACAUCGACCUCAUCUCACAAACCAUUUUCCGCCACUUUGUCUGCUAAAGAGAACUCUCGAGAGGAGAGGGAAGGAUCGCAUUAUAUCGUCUCAAAUGAGAACUGUUUGCCGAUUGAAGAACAGGAGCGUCAGAAUCGACUCCAAUAUCCCAUGUAUUUCCAAAAGGGAUCAAUCAUUCAGUUGGGAAACGGAGAGGUGAAGCGCGUCGAAGACAUGUCUACUCAGGACUUCAUUGAUAGCGCAUCUGAUAGUCAGGAUCUGUGCGCCGAUUGCAGUGAAGUGAUCAAAAUUGUUGAGAAAAUCAAGAGCUGUUCUGUUCUGUUGAGCUUUAGUGUCGGCCGCGACAAAGUGCCCGUCAAUGUGGAGGCACCGGUCGAACACCCAUUCUUCGUCUUUCAUAAGGGAUGGUCUUCCUGUUCACCCGAAAGGUCACACAUUAGAUAUGGUCUCAAAUGUCGUAAACUAAGAGUUGGAGAUAAUUGUGUUUCAUUGACUCCAAGAAGUGUGUCAACCAAUCCAACAACACAUCGGACGAGUAAAAGUCCCAAGAAUUCAGUGUCGGAUAAGUCGCUGCAAAAGAAGUCCAGUUGUAAACCAGUAUCAGUCGGACAGAAGAGCCCGAGUCGUUCACAAUCGCCUUUAUCUCUAGUGAAAUGUACGGCACCGGCAGUACCCGUGACAGCGCCUAUAGUUGGCAGUGCCUGCGAUGCCAACAGUGAUCACAACCCGAAACCAAACGAGCUUUUAGUGAAUGUCGUUGAGAGCGAUGUAUCGAAAGUGAUGAAAGUGUCGGAAACAACUGAUAUCUCAGACUCAGUGCCAAUGAGUUCAUCCGUUAACGAAGAAACCGUCAAAACAGAGGAUAACAGUGGGAACAGAAGACACUCAGCUUCUGAUGCUAUAGAGUCAGAGCCUUUAAACGCCUCAUAAAAUGAGAUUUCUUUUUGAUCUCAUAAUUAAUUUUUGAGUUAUUCUUAGUAUUAAUACAAAAGAAAUGCUUUCAAAACGUUUUCAAUAAUGGGUUUUAAGAUAAUAUUUAGUGGAAAAAUGUUAUGAAUAUAUUUUAG